CAAUAUUGGAUCUGGCGGCUCUGGGGUCACAUUCUCACCACGCGAACAGCACAUCGCGCUGCCAUCAGUCGCCAUCCCAGGGCCCGCCAGCGUUGCAUGUUCCUGGAUUCUUGCGCAUGCUCUCCGUUAUAUUUACCCUCCCAAGCGGACAACAGCGCGCACUCUCGACCUCGCGAGUGUUUGGUUGCGCCUACGUCUCGGCUUCCACAACGCGCGAAACGACUAGCCCGUGCCACCGAGGCCGCCCUUGGGCGAAAAGACCUGGCUCGCUCUGUUGAACACGACUCCUUCUGCGCCUGCUCCUGCAUCGCUCGUCUUCGAAAGCGCCGCGUGCCCCGCUGACCGUCCUACCCUGCCACGUCUGCGCGACCCGAGUCCACACGCCCCAACACCGACGACCUCGCUCCCUAGGCUGCUGCCCUCCCCCGUUGGCCUCUCUCACGAGAACCGGCGCUCUCCUCAAUUUGCCGCAUCAUAGCAGGAUGGCACACCCGUACGUUCCGCCUGAAUACAACAUCGACGCUCAGCACGACGGCACCGAACACCUCGCCAUCAACAACACUUGGUUCCGCCGUUUCUUGACACGGCUGGCGUUGCAUACUACGGCGAAGUUCUAUUCGCGAGGUGGUCUCCGUGUGCCCAUCUCGAAACACAAAAUCGUCAAGACAGGACUCCGCGUCCAUCUGACAGAAGGUGCAACUCUGAAAUACCUAGCAGAGAAUACGACCAUUCCUGUCCCGAAGGUCUAUUGCUCUUUUCUACACAGGAACAGAGCGUACAUUGUCAUGGAGAGGAUCCGAGGCGAAGAGCUACCGAUAAUCUUGAAGACCAUAUCUAAAGAAUCACUCGAGGGUGUCUUUUCGCGGUUGAGAAAGAUCCUCCAGGAGUUGCGCGCCCUGACCCCUCUUCCAGGCACGUGGGUGGAAAGUUGUGUUGGCGGGUCUCUGUAUCACUCUCGCAUACCCCGGGGGAAUCCACGCUUCAGCCCCUUCAAGACAAUUCAAGGAUUUCAUUUCUGGCUCAGACGAGACCUAAGGCCCGAGGAUCUCAAAGAUCGGGAAAUGGAUCAGGAUUGGCACGACCUCCAGGACAUAAUCAGCAAACAGGAUGGGCCAUGGCCUCCGCCAAUCUUCACCCAUGACGAUCCCAAUCCGUCCAACAUUCUUAUUCGCAAGGGAAAUGUGGUUAGAAUUAUCGACUAGGAGUUCUCCGGAUGGUAUCCACCUUAUCGUGAAUAUACGUCGGCCUGGUUUGGCAACGUGACGAGAACGGAAUAGCAGGGCCUAAUUAACCGUUUUCUCGACCGACCACUUCCUAAGGAAUUCAAGAUGAAAGAAGUUCGCUACAAAUGGUGGGGCGAAUGGUAACCCUCUCAAGAGGACAUUCGUACUGCUCGUUAAAGCAUAACUUAAGGAAUGACGCAAUUCUAACACCACCGCGCUCUACAAUCUCUAGUCAACCGUUCUCCUGCGACAGCCCACGAUGGUAAGCUCCUACAAG